AUGUCCAUUAUGGAAGAAUCAAUUGACAACAGACCAUCACCAGAAAACUUUAUGGAAUUUAUACCAUGGGCCUGUAGCCAGCUGCAGUUAAAUUUUAUUAUUCUGAUACAUAAAGAACACCAACAGGAAUACGUAAGUGUUAUGCAUCCAGAUCGAAAGAAAAACAAAAGUAAACUAAAAGUUCAGUCACGGUUAGAUUUAGAUUCAGACCAUAACAAAGACGAUGAUUCGAAUGUACUAAAAACUCCGGUAGCAGCUGACUCGGAAGUAAUUCAUAUUCAAGCAAUUUGCGACCACGCCGAUAAUUUGACACAACUCAAAUUUGAGAAAAAUAUAGCAAUCCCACGCAUUUUAUGGAAAGUUAUCGGACUCAUUGUCAAAUACCACAGUUUUCUGACGAACAUAACAAUACACGGUGGCAUGGAUCAGUACACAUUGCACGAAAUCUGCAAUUUUCUAAAUAUUUCCAAUAUAACCGAAUUGAUUCUAGACUAUUCUUUUAUAGCUGAAGCCAACUACUAUCUUCUUUUAGAGUCCAAAAACGACAUUUAUCAUAUAUCACUGGCUGGUUGUGAGAUUGAGGAUCACGUUCUUAAAAUUAUCGCAUCUAAACUAGCGCACCCGAUGCCAGCGUCCAAGAAAUUAAGUAUCCUAAAUUUAGCAUCGAAUAAAAUAACAGAUAAUGGAGCUAAGUUCUUAGCUGAUGCGUUACGGUCUAAUAGACAUCUUAGCUAUCUUAAUUUGUCAAGCAACAGGCUGUCAGACAAAGGUGCUGCAGAACUAUUUAGCGUCCUACAAGAAUUUAUUUUAACAAAAGACGAAUUGAUGGCAGCGAGAAUACGUCACAUGAAUUUUUUAAAACAAAAGAACGAUUUAAUAACGAAGGCGAUCCAGGAAUUGAAGGCUGGUGAUAUAGGAAGAACUCCUAGACGCAAGACUGUUAGAGCUGUGAGUACUGUACCCAAGCGUGGUAAAUUGGAAAAGGAAACUUCGUUAAAGUCAUUUGGUGAAAAUAACGCUAAAAGUCUUAUAAACGUAGAUAUGUUUCUUCAUGAAAAAGCUAUCGCCAUAGCUGACAGUGAACUAGGGGAUUUUGAAGAUCCAUUUAGCUCUAGUAAUAUUGUUGUAAGAAAUAGCUUUACAUAUUGCAUAGGAAAUAAUAUACUAUGUUAUCUUAAUUUGUCUUACAAUAACUUGACUUACAUAUCAUUGAAGGAGAUAGUGGAUUUGCUAAAAUAUCAGAAGAGUGUAGAUAGAAAACCUACAGGUCUAGCUAAUUUAAUAAUUGAAGGGAAUCCAUUACCAAUGCUAUGCGAUGAACUUUUGCAAAUUGACGAACUCAUUGAGACGGGUCUAGCGACGCAUAGACGCGUCUCAGUAGGUAAAAAGCGAGCAGCACAAAGUGCUAAACGUUUUUAG